UAUCAAAGAAAGGAAGACACUUUAAAGAAAUGAUAUGUGAAAGCUAUGGUAUCAAAGUUGUUGCCGAAUGUCUUGGACGGUCUCAACUAUCAGAAACUCAAGAGUGUGCUCAGCACCUCCUCCAUGAGCUAUCAAUGGCUAAUCCCAGGUACCAGACACAAGUGUAUAAAGCACUGAUUGCUUUACUGGCCUCUUCAUCCUCUGAAGCUCAGCGACUCUCAGCCUACACUCUGAGACUAAUACAGCCUUCCAUUGGUGACGUCAGUAUUUCCAUUGUUGACCCAUUGCUAAUGUUACUGAGGAGCUUACACCUUGAUAUACAACGUGAAGCUGGUCUACUCAUUAAUGAUCUAUUGGAGGAUGAGGAUAUACAGCAACCAUUGCUAAUGGGACUGGUUAAUCUAUUGAAGGUUGAAGACGUCACAUCUAAAGGAGGAGGGGCUGGAAGAAGUAUUGUCACUGCUCAGGUCCAGCAGGAAAGUUCUGCAAAAAUAAUAAAGGAGAUAAUAGAGAGACACCCUCACUUAGCACAGAAACUGGUGGAGGUUAAUGUGGUCCAUCAGUUGUUGUAUGCCCUCAGUAAUACUAGCUACUCUAACAGUCAGAGACAGAGCUGUGCUGCUCUACAGGCACUAAUGAAUGAGCUGAUAUCAGUUAGAGAAUUGGUACAAGUUAUGAUUGGAGACACUUUAUUUGAGAAAAUAAUAAAAAGUUCUCCUGAUGCUAUACCUGAAGUAUUAUCACUUGAUGAUGUUGAUAUAUUACUAGCUUCAAGAAACUUUAAAGAAUAAACACUAAAAUACCUUUCAUUUCAUCACAAUGAACGAUAACUGUACAUGUACAUGUAUUUUACUUUAUUAACUGCAGUACAUGCUUUAUUGUUAUAAUUAUCCAUGAAUUUUGAGGGGGUGUG